AUGGAUACAAACAAUAAUAAUAAUAGUACAUCAAGAAAGUCAUCUGACUUGAGUCAAAUGAUUGACCCUGAAUAUUUCAGGAAUAAAAACCCUAAUAACAUUACAGAUAUAAAUAAUAGCAACAAUGAUAAUCAAACUAUUGAUAAUAAUAACAAUAAAAAUGAUGAUCAAAAUAUUAAUAACAAUAGCAAAAAAACAGUUAGAUUUACAAACAAAAUAGAAUUUGUAGAACCUUCACCACCAGCAUCAGUUAGCAGCCAAGGUAGUAAUUGUCCCUUAACCCCGGAUAUCAAUAGCUUACAGAGUAUUACAGAAAAUGAAAUAAUUUUUGAUGCAUUUCAAGGUGAAAUCCCAAAUUCAUUUAUGCUUUCAAUUGGAUCCGAUGGUUCGCAACAAAUCAUUUUCUCGGAACACAAUGAUGAAUUAGAUAAUUUUUUAAAUUUGUCUCAGCAAAAUGAAGAAAACUCACAACCUGUAAAUAAUAAUAAUAACAAUAAUAAUAACAAUAAUAACAAUAGCAACACAAUUGAUAUUUUUAGUCUCAGAGAUGAUGAGUACUAUCAAAGUAUUUCAUUACCAAUUUGGGAUGCAGUUACAUCACAAGAUCCAAAAAUGGUAAUGAAAUUUGGAAAAAUUAAAAGAAAAAGAGGUGUUUCCGUAUCAAAUAAAAAGAAGAAGAUGCCAGAUAUUACAAUUGACGAUUUAAUGAAAUGUGACCUCCUUAGAAUUGGUGAUAUUUUAACCUAUACUAUUGGUGGUGGAAUCCAUAAAGGAAUACUGUUAAGAGAGGGCUAUAUAGAAUAUGGUGGUUUAAGAAUUCCUUCUGUUCAUCAAUUUAUUAUUUAUGUAUUAUCAAAUUUAACACCAAAUACCAAAUAUCAUUGGUUUUCUCCUUGGGAUUCAAUUUUUAUAAGAGGCAAAUCUUUAAAUUAUAUUCGUUCAAUUUUCGAAUCUAAAUUUUAUAAAGGAAAAGACAACAUAAUUUAUCAAUAUCAGCCAAUUAUCAAAAAACCCCAAUCUCCCCAAAAACAACAAGAUGAAAAAAGAAAAUCCCCAACCUCAUCACCACAAAAACAACAAUCUUCGCCACAAAAACAACAAUCUUCACCACAAAAACAAUCCUCACAAGCCAGCCCACCAAAAACAUUAUCACAACAAAACACAACUCCACAACAAUAUUCACAAACUAAUUCAUCUCCAAAACAAACCCUUCAAACCUCAUCCCCACAACAUUCACAAACUAGCCUAUCUCCAAAACCACAAUCCCAACAAAACACAUUAUCACCAACACCUUCACCACAAAAACAAAUAAACAAGAGAACCCUGGAAGAAAGCAACUCGAUUGAUAUUAACAAUAAUAAUUUGAUAGAUGAUUUUAUUAACAAUAUACCAUCACCCAAAAAGCAAUCCCAAGAUAAACAACAGUCACAAGAUAAACAACAGUCACAAGAUAAACAACAGUCACAAGAUAAACAACAGUCACAAGACAAACAACUAUCCCAACAAAAAUCACAAGAAGAAAGGGAAGUUAAAAAGCAAAAAAUCGAGACCAGUUCACCAAUGAUAAUCGAUGAUGAAGCUACCCAACCAGCUAUUGAUGACGAGGCCACUCAAUCUGCAAGCAUAGACGAAAAUAAAUAUGGUGGUCAUGAUUGUCAAGAAAUGGAUGAUGAUUCAACUCUUAAGCCAACAUUACAAAAUAAUGAUACAGAGAAUGAACCAACUGUUAGAAUGAAUACUGUAGAGUUUGCUGCCGUUCGUUUAAAUUUUAACAACAACAACAAUAAUAAUGAAUCUCAAGAUGAAAAUGCAACUUUAGCAAACUCAAAUUCAAACUUACCAAAAAUAUAUACUACUCCAUCAUCACCAUCCAAACAACAAGUAUCUUCACAACAAAAGAAUUUCCUUACUCCAAAAACACCAGCUCCAUCACCAUCUUCAUCUCAAGAUGCUCAUAACAGAACUACACUUGAACAACCUUCAUCACCAUAUAGAUCACCCUCUAAAAAUCAAACACCAAAUACCUCUCAGCAACCUAAUGAAAUUUUGCAACAAAAGAAAACCUCACCAUCACCAUCUAUCCAACUUUACCAACCUCAAUUUCAUACUCCAUCACCAUUAAUUUCAAAUAUACAAUCAAGUCCAAUUCGUUCAUCACCAUCACCAUCACCAUCCUCAUCUUCCUCAUCCUUAUCCUCGCAACUAUCAAACCACUCACAAUCAUCAAAUAGCCCUUCUUUACAGUCACAUUCUUCACAAACUUCAAACCACUCUACUUCAUCACAUGGAUCUAAAUUACAAAGCCAAGUUUUAUCAGAACAAAAAGAUGAUUUAUCUUUUCCACCUUCACAAAAAACCAAUAGCCAACCACUAUCACAACUUUUACAAAAUCAUUUUACUCAAUUUAAUAACAGCAAUGAUAAUGGACUAUUAGAUAGUGGUGUUAGCUUAAACAGUAACAACAAUACACAAUCAAGUAGCUUAUCAAUUCAAAUGCCAUACAUACCAAUUAGUGAUUCACAGCUUCAAAACUUUACUCAAAUUACACCAGCCCAACAUGUUAGCAACUCUAUAUCAAUGUCAUCAAUUAGGGAACCAGUUAUUUUAGGCACAGGUUUAACCAAACUUAUGCAAGUUCAUAUAUAUUCACUUGUUUCGGCUAUUGGAGGAAAAGUUGUAAAUCAAUUUAACGAUGAAGUUACCCAUAUCGUUUGCUCCACUGAAACUGAUAGCAAAAUUACUUCAAGAACCAUUAAAUAUCAAUUAGGUAUUAGUAAAGGUGGUCUUUGGAUAGUUUCAUUUGACUGGAUUCUUCAAUCAUUAAAUGAAAAUCGUUGGGUAGCCGAACCAGAUUUUGAAAUUGAAGGGGAUAAUGUAGAAGUAGGUUCACCAUUUAAAUCAAGAAACCAAGUAUUUGAAACCAAGAGAUUAUUUUAUGGUCAAAGUUUUUAUUUAGCUGGUCAAUUCGAAUCACCAUCAAGAGAUGAAGUAGCAGCAAUCAUUAAAACUGGGGGAGGAAUCAUUUUAAGCGAAUUACCACCAAAACCUCAAAAUCUAAAAGAAAUGUUAAAUUCAAAAUGUACAGUACUAUGCCAUCCAUCAUUAAUUGACGAUAACUCUAUAAAUACAAUUUAUUUAGAAACUAAACACUUACCAAUUUCUUUUAAAUGGGUAUUCGAUUGCGUUUCACAUUAUGAUAUUCUUCCUAAAGAUGAUUUUAUUCAGUUCCCAAAAUCACUGGGUAAAUUUGUUAUUAAUAGUCAACCUUCAAUGGCCUUUUAA